AUGUCUCUUUAUGAAGGACUCGAUGAAGACCCAGCAGUCAAGCCGAAAGACGGAGAGAAGCUUGAAGCGACAGAGAAUUGGAAAUCGGGGCUUAAAUUGCUGCAGACGCACAUUCACCUGAAGAAGGCAACUUUACUACAGCGAGACAAACCCAAGAUCGGUGGCGGGUCUUCGCCGGUCGAUACUAGCAUCAAACGGAAGGGUGAGAUUUCGAAAACCACCAAGACAGUUCUUGUCGACGCUCCUCCGUUGUCGUUCCUCCCAAUCAAGGAUAGCAUCUCGAAUGCCGAAGAGUGGCAUGUUGACGACGAGUACAAUCCGCUGUUGCCGAACGAUUUCGAACGCCUUAUCCGACAGCGAGAGGAAGACAGGCUAAUGAAACUGAGCAAGGUGAAGUAUGCGCUUCCAACUGAGGACGACUGGGAAGCCGAAACUAACGAAGAAGUGAAGGAGAGGGAGAAACGCUCAAAACCUGCCCCUCAUUUGCUGCUUACUUAUCCGUCGUCUUCUGAAUUAACAGUGGGCGCUGCGAUCGCUCCUCCACCAAAUUUGAUCGAAGAAGACCGCCACGCUUCCGAAGACACUGCACCCCCGGCAACGAGUUUGGCUGAUACGGGCCAGAUCGGCAAAGGUUUGAACGUCGCUACCAGAAUAAUGGAACGAUACGGAUAUAAGCAAGGCAGCGGCCUAGGUAAGUUGGAACAAGGCAUGAGCACCCCGCUACUGGUGGAGAAGACCGGACUUAGAGGCGGUAAAAUCAUUCAUGAAAAGGAUAUCCCGAAAGAAGUGCCGAUGCCAGUACCGGUGCCGGCGUAUCUUCCGGCACCAGCGGUAGAGCAGAACUCAUUAGGCGAGUCGAUUACCGAAAUUUUGAAAAGCCCUUCCAAGAACAUGGUUGGGCCAGGUGAAGUCGACGAAGAACUUGAACCAGAAGUGAAGGAAGAAAUGCAGAAAUAUGGCGAGGUUGUCAAAUGCCUUAUAUUUGAGAUGCCCUCCGUGCCUGAGAACGAAGCCGUUCGAAUCUUCGUCGAGUUCUCCAAAGUGGAUCAAGCUAUCAAAGCUGCCGUCGCCCUAAAUGGUCGAUAUUUUGCCGGCAGGAUCGUCCAGGCGGGUUUUUACGAUGUAGACAACUUCCAUAAUUUACAGCUCACAGAUUGA